UUCCAAACAAAGCUGCUGAUUUGUGGAGCAAACGAAGAGGAGGGGAAACGAGACAGAGAGAAUAGAGGAGGGGGAGGAUAGAAAUGAGAUGAGGGUAGUGAUUGCACCAUGCCACACACACUUGAAGCUCAGUCUCCCUUGGAGACAGUGGCAGCGCUGGAUCACGGCAUGACAGUGCAACAGUAGAGUCUCCACUCCGCUGCACUUCCACUGAGCUGUGUGUCACUAUCCAGACAGACAGAGAUAGAGCACCAGUAACAGUGAGAGCGCUGGGCUGGAGAGGAACGCAGAGUCGGGACUGGAGUGCUGGAAGAAGACUGAAGAGUUGACAGAGAUCUGAGAGGAGGAGGAGGAAGAGGAGGAGGAGGGCGGUGAAGAGUGUGAAGAAGAAGCGGAGGAGUCAGGAGUCUGGGGAUGCUUGGUGCUAGCAGGACGAGCUGCUGAGCGUGGAGCAGCAGCAGCAGCAGCAGCAGCAGCCCGGGCACACUUCUACACUCUAAUACAGUCACACACCUUCCAGGGGAGGACAGUUUGUGGUGCCCCCAGUGGAGAAUGAAGAAGCACUCAGCCCGAGUGGCUCCUCUCAGCUCAUACAGCACUCAGGUCCUGACCUGCCCCAUCUCUGAAGGAGAGGAUGGUUCGGAGUCUCAGGCAGAGACGCCAGGCAGUGAGACCAGUGGAGAGAGCCGGUCCUACCAGACAUGUACCAACACAGCUCUGAAGGUGCUGGGCGGUUUGCUGGUGGUGCUGUGUGUUUCCUCCUCCUGGGUGGGCACCACUCAGGUGGUGAAGCUGACCUUCCAGUCAUUCUCCUGUCCCUUCUUCAUCUCCUGGUUCAGCAGCAACUGGAACAUCCUCUUCUUUCCCAUCUACUACUCGUUGCAUGUUGUUACCACACGGGAGAAACAGACCCCCAUACAGAAGUUUAGGGAGUGCAGCAAACUCUUUGGGGAGGAUGGAAUGACUCUCAAGCUUUUCGUGAAGAGGACAGCCCCUUUUUCAAUCCUGUGGACACUGACCAACUACCUGUACCUCUUAGCCUUGAAGAAACUGACCGCCACUGAUGUCUCUGCUCUCUAUUGCUGCCACAAGGCCUUUGUCUUUCUCCUGUCAUGGAUUGUCCUCAAGGACCGGUUCAUGGGUGUUCGGAUUGUGGCAGCUAUAAUGGCCAUCACAGGUAUUGUCAUGAUGGCUUAUGCUGAUGGUUUCCACGGUGAUUCCUUUGUGGGCGUGGCACUGGCUGUGGGCUCAGCCUCAACGUCAGCUCUCUAUAAGGUGCUGUUUAAGAUGUUCUUAGGCAGCGCCAGCCUUGGAGAAGUGGCACAUUUUCUUUCCACCAUGGGCUUCUUCAACCUCAUCUUUAUCUCCUGUGUGUCCCUCAUCCUCUACUUCACUGCGGUGGAGCAGUGGGACUCUCUGUCCUCGCUGCCCUGGGGAUACCUGUGUGGACUGGCAGGACUGUGGCUGGUGUUCAACAUCUUGGUCCAUGUUGGUGUGGUGCUGACGUACCCCAUUCUCAUCUCCAUAGGGACACUGCUCAGUGUGCCGGGCAAUGCAGCUGUCGAUGUCUUGAAACAUGAGGUGAUCUUCAGCGUGGUGCGCCUGGCGGCCACCUGCAUCAUCUGUCUGGGCUUCCUGCUGCUGCUGCUGCCUGAGGAGUGGGACUCGGUCACGCUGCGUUUCCUGGCCACCAUCGCGGACAAGAAGUCGGAGGAACACGGCGAGGAGCUCACAGAGUCCAGCGUCCACACUCGGAGCCGUAGUCGAGCAAACGGCACCGUCUCCAUCCCCCUGGCAUGACACGGCUGAGCUCUGAUAUCAACCUCUGCUAGCCAAGUCUGUCUGCUCACGUUCCUCCAGAGAGCAACCUGGAAGUGUAGCAGGAUGUUCAGUCAACGUGGAGUCAGCUACCAGGAGGACAAGAAGUAUCAUCUUGAACUUCAAACUUCACUCUGGAGAUGUACCUCUGACUCUGCCACUUCACACCAGGAAGAGGGAAAUGAGGACAUUUAUGGAUGACGCAAACUUAAAAGGGUUGAAAGUGUUAUUUACUUUCUUGAAAUACUUGCCACGCUCCGUCCCUCGCACGCACCCAAACCAAGAGCUGACUGGCUUCCCCUGACAUGCUCUGCGGACUGUAUUCUGUGAAUAUAAAUAUUGGCAGGGCCAGUUUGGCUCAAUCUUAUACAUAUUUAUGAUAUUUAUUUAGAUCUGUAUCAAUAAGAGUAUUAAUUUUAAGUCUUACUGAAUAGUAUUAUAUACAAGAAUGGCAAUUAUACUAUGCGUAAUGUACAGCCUCUUUUGGUUUUAUAAUAAAAGACUGAAAACCCUCAUAAAAACAGAGUUUUCCUGGUCUAAC